GUUACCACGAAAGAAUGCCGAUUACAUUCGAAGAAGCGUCAUGCCAAUGCGCGUUAAAACAGGCUUAACGCGUGUUGCCUCCACCUUUUCGUCAGUUUCUUAUAUUACUUUCACUAGCAGACUGUCCUCUCAGUUUAUGUCGAUUCAUGUGAACGAAAGUGUCGACGUAUAAUCGAGAAAAUGAAUAUUCUUCUGAUCGCAUUCGUUCUGAUUAGUCCCUGCCUUGGGGAUGUAUCACAUAUUUUGUCAGAAUAUUCGACGACUACAACCACUCCACCACCGCCACCCAGGCCUUACAGUUUCCAGUAUGAGGCAGGACGAUUCCCUGGAAAUGUCGACCGUGUUCAUCAAGAAAGCGGAGAUGGUGCUGGUCAUGUUCAAGGUUCUUACUCUUUCAUUGAUCCAAAGCACAAAGUGCGAACAGUGCACUACGCAGCUGAUGAAACUGGAUUUCACGCGUCUUUAAUAAACUACGAUGAUGCGACUGCUCAACCCAUUGAUUCCGAGGCAGUGAGGCUUGCCAAAGAAAAACAUUUCCGACUUUAUCAAAAAAUCGCCGAAGCGAAUUCCCACGGCGUGCCAGUAAAUCAUCCACGGGAUUCCGUGAGCGUGGGGAGAGCGAAGGACAGGCAUAUUCAACUCUACCAGAAAAUCGCCGAUGAACACGCCGCGAUUGCGGCUCAAAGAGAGGCAGAACGAUUGGCUUACGAGGCCACUUCUGUAGUAAAUGACGUAAACCCAGACCACGUGUACUAACCAUGUGUGCGUAUUUUACAAACGUUUUAAAGACGUCCGCGUAAAAAUUCAUUUUCUUACAUUUCUUUUUUAAACUUACGUUAAAUGUUAAUUCCAGUGUCUUUUAUAUGUGCUCCGAAACUUCAAAGUUGAACCUCUUAAUAG